CACGUACCGGACAGUGGAUACUCUAUGGGCUACUGUGCAUAGGCCAACGCGCUCUGCUUCAGCCUUCGUAUGAAACUAACUUUCUCCAGCAACAUAAAUGCACCAAUAAAGAAAGGUGUGUCCUGUGAGGACCAGUUAGAGGUAUGGUGGGCGUGGUUGGCCCCGUAACCAUGGCGACGUCUCUGUGGGAGGUUGUGUCCCUUCCUCCCGUUGGUCUACUGCUGCUCCUCUGCCUGCCACUCUGUCUAUGCCAGCAGCCAUUGGUCAACUUUGAGAGCCCGUUCCCACCCCUACCGGAGUGUACCAGGAAAGUUCAUCCCAUCGUCCCAUACAAAGCAUUGAGUCCCUGGAUGUCAGGAUUCUCUCGUCCCGGAGUGAAGGACUUUUCCCAGCUGACCCUUGACCUGACCAGAAACCAGCUGAUUGUGGGAGCUAGAAAUCACCUCUUCAGACUGAGUCUCAGUAAUGCUUCUCUCUUACAGGCAGUAGAAUGGGGACCAGAUGAAGACACCAAGCGGUCCUGUCAGAGCAAAGGAAAGACAGAGGAUGAAUGUCAGAACUACAUCCGGGUCCUGCUCAUCACUGGGAGGCGGAUCUUUACCUGUGGAACCAACGCCUUUACCCCCGUCUGCACCACCCGACAGAUAGGAAACAUCAGUCGGGUGAUGGACACGGUGAACGGGGUGGCGAGAUGCCCCUACGACCCGCGUCACAACUCCACUGCCAUGGUAACAGAGAAGGGCGAACUCUACGCCGCCACUGUCAUCGACUUCUCGGGUCGUGACCCCGUCAUCUACCGUAGCCUUGGUAACAUGCCGCCGCUGCGAACAGCCCAGUACAACUCCAAAUGGCUCAACGACCCUCACUUUAUCUCAGUCUACGAGGUGGGUCUCUUCACCUAUUUCUUCCUGAGAGAGAAUGCAGUCGAACACGACUGCGGUCGCACCGUGUUCUCCCGAGUCGCCCGGGUCUGUAAGAACGACGUGGGCGGUCGCUUCCUAUUGGAGGACACUUGGACUACGUUCAUGAAGGCGCGGUUGAACUGUUCGCGGUCAGGAGAGAUCCCCUUCUACUAUAACGAGCUACAGAGCACCUUCUAUCUGCCCGAACAGGACCUCAUCUACGGCAUCUUCACCACCAACGUGAACAGCAUCUCUGCGUCGGCUGUGUGUGCUUUCAACCUCAGCGCCAUCACCCAGGCUUUCAACGGACCGUUCCGUUACCAGGAGAACCCUCGUACAAGCUGGCUCUCCACCCCCAACCCCAUCCCCAACUUCCAGUGUGAUACCCUGGAGGAGCGAGGUCCAGGGGAGAACCAGACGGAGCGCAGCCUGCAGGACGCCCAGCGUCUCUUCCUCAUGUCUGACGUGGUGCAGCCCGUCUCCACCGACCCCCUCCUGUACCAGGACAACAUCCGCUUCUCCAAGCUGGUGGUGGACAUCGUGCAGGGCCGAGACACCCUCUACCACGUCAUGUACAUCGGCACUGAAUACGGCACCAUCCUGAAGGCCCUCUCCACGACCAAUAAGAGCAUGCGGGGGUGUUACCUGGAAGAGAUGAGGCUCCUCCCCGAGGGCGAAAGCGAGCCAAUCAAGAGCCUUCAAAUCCUCCACAGCGAUAGGUCGUUGUUUGUGGGGCUUAGCGACAGGGUGCUGAAGAUCCCACUGGAAAGAUGCUCCAGCUCCAAAACUGAACGGCACUGCCUGGAUGCCCGAGACCCCUACUGUGGCUGGGACCGUAAGCAGAAGCGUUGCACCACCAUCGAGGACAGUUCCAACAUGAGCCAGUGGAGCCAGAAUAUCACUGAGUGCCCGGUAAGGAACCUGACCCAGGACGGUGGCUUCAGCCCCUGGGCGCCAUGGCAACCCUGUAACCAUGACGACAGGGAGGGAGCCAGCACCAGUUGCGCGUGUCGCUCACGCUCUUGUAACAGUCCAGUCCCUCAGUGUGGAGGCUCCAACUGCAAGGGCCCCACCAUCCAGGUGGCCAACUGUUCCAGGAACGGAGGCUGGACCCCCUGGUCCACCUGGGGUCAGUGCAGCACCAGCUGUGGCAUCGGGUACGAGGUGCGCCAGCGCUCCUGCAACAACCCCUCCCCCCGGCAUGGGGGGCGUGUCUGUGUGGGACAAGGCCGAGACGAGAGGCUGUGCAAUGAGAAGAGCCCAUGUCCCCUGCCUGUGUUCUGGUCGUCUUGGGGAUCCUGGUCUCAGUGCAGUGCAGAAUGUGGAGGAGGGGUCCAUUCCCGGGUCAGGAGCUGUGAGAAGGGGAACACCUGCCCAGGAUGUGCUCUGGAGUACAAGACCUGUAACCUGGAGGCGUGUCCGGAGGUCCGUCGCAACACCCCCUGGACCCCCUGGAUGCCGGUGAAUGUGACCCAGGACGGGGCCCGCCAGGAGCAGAGGACCCGCUACACCUGCAGGGCCCUCCUUCCAGACCCUCAUCAGCUGCAGCUGGGCAAGAAGAAGGUGGAGACCCGCGUCUGCCCCAACGACGGCACCGCCGCCUGUGAGACUGAAGCUCUGGUUGAAGACUUGGUCAGGGCCAGUGGAGGAGGCAGUAGUGGUCGACCUUUGCUCCGACAACCAGGUGGCACCAGGUGGUCGCCGUGGGAGACAUGGUCGACCUGCUCCCAGGAGUGUGCCAAAGGCUUCCGCACGCGCAAGCGCACCUGUGCCUCAGCCGAGGGCAAGAGCAGCCCCAGUGCCUGUAGUGGAUCCCCAGUGGAGUACCAGGACUGCAACUCCCAGCCCUGCCCAGUGAAAGGAACCUGGUCGUGCUGGGCGUCAUGGUCUCACUGCUCUGCCACCUGUGGAGGUGGGCACUACCAGCGUACCCGUACCUGUAGCAACCCUGCCCCCGCCAACGGAGGUGACAUCUGCAUCGGCCUGCACACUGAAGAGGCCCUGUGCAACACACACACCUGUGAAGGUGGCUGGCUGCCGUGGUCAGAGUGGGGGGAGUGUGACGAGGAGGGGCUGCAGCGUCGCAGCAGGGAGUGUGGGGAACGGGAGGCAGACCCCAGCCUGUGUCAGGGCAAUGCCACCGCGAGCAGGCCCUGCCAGCCCCCCGAGGUGCAAGUCGUUCUGCCUGGACAGGAUAACGAUCAGCGCUGUGGGGCAGCCUUCUCUCUGUUCCACCUGAUGGCCACGGGAGCGUUGUGUUUCUUUGCAGCGGUGGGGCUGUCGGUCCUGGUCUACGCCUACUGCCAACGACUCCACAAGCCCUCCCAGGAGUCAGCCGUCAUUCACCCCACCACGCCCAACCACCUCAGCUAUAAGGGCAACACGACGCCAAAGAACGAGAAGUACACCCCCAUGGAGUUCAAGACGCUGAACAAGAACAACCUUCUCCCGGACGAGAGCUGCAACUUCUUCCCCUCGUCCCUCUCGCCCCUCCCCUCCCUCCCCCAGAAUAACGUUUACACCACCACCUACUACCCAGCACCCCUGGGCAAAUACGACCACCCCUUCCACCCCGACUCACCUUGCAGGAACUAUAUGCACCACAGUUGAGACAGGA